AUUUGACAAAAGUAUCCAAAACGUUGACAGAAUAAAUAAUAACAAAUUUUAUGGUUAGAAAUGAAAAAAUAUCGCCGAUAAUAUUAUUUUUAUAGUUAUCAAGCUAUAGUGAAUAUUAUCUAAAUGUCGCAGAAUAAUAUAACUACCGUAGUUAGAACUGCGCCACAACAAGACUUGAUGAAUGAAUUGAAUUUUUUCUUAAAAGGUGUUACGAAGAAAGAACUAUGUAAUGAAAUUGAUUUGACUAAGUCAGCACUCAUUCUUUUAAAAUGCCUACCUUCUACUAAAAUAGCUGUUUUAGAAUAUCUUUGUAGCGUCUUUGAAAACGCGGCAAAAAUAUAUGUACAAGCUCUUGAGACUGAAAUAAAUACAGGAAAAGCGCCGCUUUCUUCAGAAGAUGAUGAAUUGAUAGUAUCAGAUAUACAUUCAGUUCUUUCGACUUUAAUUGCUGAUAAUCCAGUUGCUUGGGCACCUUUGAUAAGUUCGUGGUCAUUAGAAUUACUUGGGGAAAUUUCCAGCAAAUAUUCUGGGAGAGCACAUUUUUCAUCAAAUUUAAAUGAAACUUUACAAUUAUGGAUGAGCUGUAGAGGAACUAGAACAUUGAUGGAUAUCAAUACAAAAUGUUUAUCUAGUCUCAUCCAUUCUAAUACAGAAGCAUGUAUUAGUGCGCUUUUAGAUACUUCUGUGAAACAUUCGCCACAUUUUGAUUGGGUUGUCGCUCAUGUUGGUAGUUGUUUUCCCAAUACAGUGAUAACAAGAGUAUUGUCUGUUGGUCUGAAAGAUUUCUGCCAAAAUAAAUCCUAUGAUCAAGAAUGUAAUGCACCAAAAUUAAAGUCUGUUGUUGGUAUAUUAGGCCAUUUAGCCGGUAGCCACGUAGAAGAUAUUAGAAAAGCAAUUUUGGAUAUGUUUGUUUGGAGCCUUAGGGAAACAUUACAAGACACAGAUAUAGAAAGAUUACAGAAAAAAGCGACUGUGCCAUAUAUUCUACAACUAAUAUAUCUGUCAUCAACAUUGCUUUCUUCAAUUUGUAUUGAUAUUAGAAAUUUUUUGACGGUAGAUGUUAUUGUGAGGCUGUAUUAUUUUGUUGAAAAUUGGUGUAAAUAUUUUGGAACACCAGAAGCUCUAGAGGAAUUAGUGACAUCUUUAAUCCUUCGUUGUGAGAAUAAUGGUAUUCAGCUAAUAAAGCUCAUGUUUCAAUGCAUAUUAAUAGACAAUAUUAAAACAAAUGAAGAGAUUAAAAAUGAAAUAGUAGAUAAAACCAAAGAUCUUCUUACGAUUGUAUUACAAGAAAUGGAGGAAUCUGUUAGACAUAACAAUGCAGUUGGUCUUAUUCAGUCUUUGUCAAAGGAAAGUACAGAAUUGGUACAGAUGCUACUGAGUACGGAAAAAGUUAUAUCCGAUACUGCCGCACAAAUUGUUGUACUAUUAGGUCAUCUUUACCCAUCAUUGUUGAUAACAAUCAUUCAAAGUUUAUUGAAAUCAUCUACUACUGAUAACCAGUUGAUUUUACUGUUAAAAAUUUUAACAAAUGAUCUUAUUGACAAAACAGCGUUGCCCUAUUCAGAAAAAGGAGGACAUUUUUCUGUUGUAGUUGAACAAAUAUUAAAUCGUAAUAUUCAAAAGUUUUGUACAUCAAAUGAAGAAAAUUUAGAUUUAUCCCAAAUGUGGCAUAAUCUUUUGAAAUUGUUAAGGUGGGAAAAAAGUGACAAAGCUCCUAUCUUGAAAUCUAGAAUAAUUACAAGAUCUUUGGAAGCUAACUUGACAAAUUUAACUGCUUUAUUGAGCAAUGAAGUAUUGCAUAUGCAUGUUAUAGCAGAUAUAUUGGAUACCAUGGAAAUACCUGUAUUAAAUGCUUCAUACAAUCCACCAAUAGCGGUGGUUUUAAAUUUGACUCAAUCAACUGUAAACUAUUUCUUCGCCUGUUGUAAGGACAAUGGUACUGCUUCAAAGUUGAAGGGAUAUAAAAAAGUAAACAACAUACUUAAACGAUUGUGUUUAUAUUCUAAGGUUGCUAAAGUAUUAGCUCUUAGAGAGCUAUUGGAAAGAGCUUUAUUUCGUUGUGAUAAUAUUCUGUUUGGUGCUAAGAUUAAUGAGAUAGAUAACGACAAUGAAAAAAUGCUUCUGAAGCAAAAUAAAAAAAUUAGCAAAACUAUACCUCUUACAAAACAUUCUACUGUUUUCAAUGGUGGUAUAAUCGGUACGGGUAAAAGAAAGUCUGUAACUUAUGACACACUUCCCUCUCAGACAAUAGCGCAUAAUAAGAUUCAAUUAAUAAAUGCCAUCAAAGCUUGUUGCGCUUUACCAGAUGAACACAAGUAUACAGAUAUGUCUUGGGAUAGUAUGACGCUUUUAUCAUUAUUAUUGGUACAAUUUGUGAGUCCUGAUGUUAUGUACAACGGUUUACCGUGGCCAGAGGAGGAAUUUUCAAAGGUAACAAUGGAAAGAGAUUUAUUUAUUAGAAGACUUUUUACUAAUACACCACUCCUUUGGGAUAUACUUAGUUUUGUAGCAGUUUAUCGUCCAGCAGUUUGUUAUUGUUCGGUAUUAAUAAGGGCUUUAACGGCCACUUUGAUAAAUCAGUGGAAGAGUAUGGGUGAACAAAGUAAAGACGACGAUUCUGAAAAUUAUAAAAAUUUAAUGUACACAACAAUUCAGUUAAUAGAUAUAAUGGCACUGGGUCAACUUCUACCACCUCCUCUGUCUAGUAUCCGAGAUGUUUUACCAUAUCUAAAGUCUUUCGAGAUUGUUGCUGUUCUGAGAGAAUGCGUUUGGUGUUAUUUGAGAGAUCAUAUUCCCUCUCCCGCAUUAUUUGGUUGUGAUUCUAAUGGAGUUCAUUGGAGAGAUCCCAUCAUCGCUAGACCGCCGGACAUUUAUACAAAUACUCUAAGGAUUAUAAUGCAGAGGAAUAUAAAGUCUUUAGGUCAUAUGUAUGCACAGAUGUUUAUUAAUGUACCUUCACAUGAUUCCUAAUUGUUUAGAUUGGAAUAUAAUUUAUAAUUUUAGUAUUAGAUUUAUUAUUUAAA